AUGCCAGCUACAGACGCACUUCAGCCCGGUGGCAUGAGCCAAGAGGCCAAGGUCGUCGUCAAGAGCUACGGAAGCUGGACGCAGUUCAUGCAUUCUUUUGGACUCAAGCCCUGGGAAGACAAUGACGCGAAGGAGGGACUCGCUAUCGCCGAGUCGUUCGCCAAGGACGCAGAAGAGGGAAAGAGCGGGAGCAUCUAA